UCUAACGGAGCUUCGGAUAACUAAUGGCAAGCAUGGCUGUCUAGCGUGCCUGUCACUCCUAUUGUCCUUCCAAACUCUUUCAGACAUUUUGAGCAGGGAGUAUGAAAGCUAUGAGUUAGCAAGGGUUGUGACAUUAAUGGUCCACAAAGGCUUUAGGCACGAGAAGUAAUGAUGAUUACCAGUGGCUAUUGGGAGGACUGCACUGGAUUGCUGUCACUAAAAAUUAAGCGUGGCUUUUGAGGAAGAUGUGACAACUACCGGAGGUCUUUUUACCAUUCCUCCAGGACUUCCACCGUAAGGAAAGAAGCCCCUGGACCAACACCCUCUAAGAUGUUUAUAUGGACCAGUGGCCGGACCUCUUCAUCUUACAGACACGAUGAGAAAAGAAAUAUUUACCAAAAAAUCAGAGACCACGACCUCUUGGACAAAAGGAAAACAGUCACAGCACUGAAAGCAGGAGAGGACCGGGCCAUUCUCCUGGGACUGGCCAUGAUGGUCUGCUCCAUCAUGAUGUACUUCCUGCUGGGAAUCACGCUGCUGCGCUCCUACCUGCAGAGUGUGUGGACAGAAGAAUCUCAGUGCACCUUGCUGAAUGCAUCCAUCACGGAAACAUUUAAUUGCUCCUUCAGCUGUGGUCCAGACUGCUGGAAACUCUCUCAGUACCCCUGCCUCCAGGUGUACGUUAACCUGACUUCUUCCGGGGAAAAGCUCCUUCUCUACCACACCGAAGAGACGAUGAAAAUCAAUCAGAAGUGCUCCUAUAUACCUAAGUGUGGAAAAAACUUUGAAGAAUCCAUGUCCCUGGUAAAUGUUGUCAUGGAAAACUUCAGGAAGUACCAACACUUCUCCUGCUAUUCUGACCCAGAAGGAAACCAGAAGAGUGUCAUCCUAACCAAACUCUACAGUUCCAACGUGCUGUUCCAUUCCCUCUUCUGGCCCACCUGUGUGAUGGCCGGGGGUGUGGCGAUCGUUGCCAUGGUGAAACUCACGCAGUACCUCUCCCUGCUCUGUGAGAGGAUUCAACGGAUCAAUAGAUAAAAGCGAAAAUGGAUGACAUAAUUUUCUUUAAAGCUCAAAUACUGUUUUCUUUCAUUCUUCACCAAAGAACCUUAAGUUUGUAAUGUGCAGUCUGUUAUAAGUUCCUUAAUAUAUUCUUAUACGUAGAGCAAUAAUGCAAAAGCUGUUCUAUAUGCAAACAUGAUGUCUUUAUUAUUCAGGAGAAAAAAUAACGGUUUGGUGUUGAUUGGUUGUUUUCGUAACCUUGUUUUGAUGCUGGAACUAGUACUUUUUCCUCUUGUUCCACCAAAAUAGGGCUCAGUUAUUCAUUGCCAAGCUUUGUGGAGAAAUGUAGACAAUAUCAAUGUGAUCAGGUCUGCGUUCUGAGUUGUCAGGUCUCUUGAAGACAAUAAUUUUCAUCAUUUAUUGUUUACUAAAGCUACAGCCCAAAAAAAUUUUUUUUCUUUAUUCCAAACUGAGCCCUGUAGCAAGAGAAGGGACCAGAUUUUCUAAUUAAAGGGUGUUAAGCAUUUUCCUUGUAUCUUUACCAUAUCACUGUAAAGAAGAGAGGAAACCCAGCCAGCUACCUUUCCUGCAUUACUUUUUAUUCAUAACUUUAGAGUUUUUAACUGAUUUCAAAAAAAAAAAAAAAAAGCUGUUUUCAUCAGCCAAUUCUAUCUAAUCCCUUCCUGUGAUAAAAAGAAAGUGAACAGAGCCCCUUUCCACUUAAGACCCUGCUACUGUGUGAAGAGAUGAUACUUACAAGGAGUUUCCUUACCUGUGAACUGCCUGAAUGCCAGUAGGUGCUCCGUUACGAUCUAGGAAAGUGUGUUACUAAGACACUUGUAUGAAAAUCUCUAUUCCAUUUCUGCUGAACUGUUAGGUGGUAAAAUUAAGAUGCUACUUGCUGGUAAAGCCUGGUGGACUGAUUUCAAAGGUUAAACCUAUUGUGGCAAAUUAACAUGCUGGAAUAUUGCUCUUUGGGAAUUUAUGUUUAAGUUAAUGAAUGUGUAGUCUCUCCUGACAAGUGUUCCCUAUUGGGAUUUUAAAGCUAUGUGCACAGAAUAUUUGUCUCCUCUACAUAUUUUAUUUUUCUAUUUACAAUUCCCUUUUUUUGUUGUUAUAUUUUAUACACAGAAUAGACCUUUUUCCUAACACACAUUUGAACUGAAUAACAGAUCUAAAGUAAGCCUUCGUUCACAUUGCUAUGUACUUAUUGUGUUUGUGGGGGGAAAUGAGGGAUUGGUUUUAAAUAAAAAGAUUUCAUCUUUUAUUUAAUAUCAAUAUCAAAAGGAGAAGACAA